CCACAUGUAAAAGUGAGUGAUAAAUAAAAUUUAAAAUGGAGAGUUGUUUUCAAUGGAUUGAAACAAAGUACGGUCUUAAUGCCAACUCCUCCAUGACAGAAUUGAACAAGGUAUUCAGGGAUUGGAAUAUGGCCGCUCUUGUUUUCAUUGGUGUCCUUAUUCUGCCGGGAAUCAUGGGAAAUUCUUUAGUGAUCGCCAUUUUUUACAAGGAUUUUAAAAAAUCGGCAUACCGAACAUUUGUUCUCUGGCUCGCUGUUCUGGAUCUAGCUGGUUGUAUUAUUGUUAUGCCGUAUUUAAUGAUAAAUUUAAUAACCCCUGUAUCUAUGGACAACGAAAUUAUCUGUAAAGUUGGAAAAUUUUUGUCGUACACCAUUAUGAUGACGUCAUAUUUUAUUCUGGUCAUAAUAGCACUGGACAGGUACCGCAAAAUUUGUAGACCACAUUCACUACAAAUCCUUCAGUCCCAAACAUCAAGGUAUUGUUUAGGCAUGUUAACAGUCUCCGUGAUAAUUUCAGUUCCUGCGCCGAUUCUUUACGGAAACAGUAGCCUCGAGAUCGGAAUUCCCGGAUUGAAGGCCACACGAUGCUUCACUAUGGACAAGUACAAGGGUACUCCAGCACAUCUUUUGUACUAUGCUGUGAUUAAUGUUCUGGGAGCCACAGUGACCUUUAUCAUUUCGGUGCUGUAUAUUCUAGUCAUCAAAAGAAUCAGAUAUCAAUUCCAUCAAAAGAAACAUGAAAUAUUUCCAAAUAUUCGCAGAAAUGAAAAAUUGACUCAGAACGCAAAUACUUCCGAGGAGAAAAUAAACCGGAAGUUGAUAAGGACCACGGUGACAUUACUUGCUGUGACUAUUUUAUUUGUUCUAACAAUAUUCCCACAUACCGUGCUUUCUCUAAUUGAUUAUUCUGUGAAGAACUUCUUCUGUCGGUUGUCUUUUGAAGAAGGUGUGGUCUUCAAUUUCGCUAUCCAUUUCUUUUUGCUGAAUAAUGUUUUAAACUGUGUUAUCUAUGGGUUUACUGACAAACAGUUCAAGAGGAGGAUAUUGCUGCUUUUUAGGAGACAAGAGUUCAACUUGUCCGAAUCAAGCGAUGCAACUUCUAACAGAAUAGAAGAAAAAGAGGUUUAGAUCAAAUUAUUGGGCUAUAAUAAGUAGCAGAAACCAUGUGACACCGGUUAUGUA